CUACUCAAGACGAACGACCACAUAUGGAGAUCAAGCCGUACACCAAACCAGCACAGAAGAAUGUAUGGAUCGGUACGCUGACUUAGGGUUGACCAUCAGUUGGAAAAACAUGAGAUUCUGUGCACGAACGGUAACUAACGAUAACUCAAGCUGUGUGUCCCUGAGGAGUGGUGCUCCAUUACACCAGUUGCGUUUGCUUGGGGGAUCGGAACGAUACUUCUUACGUGGGUUUGAAAUAUUAGGCCUCGCUUGUACAUCAGGAGCACCACCAGUAUACAACAACAUGGAUGAAUACCUCGACUGGAUACUAUACAACAUGCGAUACAACAUUCAAGACACAAAUGAAGUUGUUCGUAUUUUAAAACCUAACAUAGCUAAACAAACUCUCGAAAUGGAAUGGAGCAUGUUGCAGCAGCAACCGGGAAAAGAACAGUUGAAUCUUUUCAAUAUGGAUACCUGUGGCUUACCCAGCACGCGCAACCAGAACUUGGGACAGGUAACUGUCCUACCGUGGGUCGGGUUCUUCCAAGCGGCGGAAAAUGUUACAGAUGAAUACUCGACAACAAGAAGUUUGGUAGUGCUCAUAAGCGAAUGGUAUGCAUUGACCCCAAAGCGUACGGUACAGAAAAAUGUUACUUGGCGAUUACUUAUACUAGGUCAGUAUAAUCCGGAUGAUCCCACCAACUGCUACACUGGCACAUGCGAAAUAACACAUCAACUGGUAGAAAUCAAGAACGUUAUCCUUCCUCCGCCCGAUCAUCCCAGGCAGGUGUUUGCGUUGAUAGAGCUGCUUGAGCCGGCCAAUCUGAAGAUUCCCUACAUCAGACCAAUCUGUUUGCCUUUUAUGGACCAGCUGUAUCAACAAAAACCCAUGGAAGUAGUUAUAUCGUCCAACAUAUCGUUUACCAUUGAAAACAAAAAGCUGAAAAUGAUCGAUUACCUGAACUGCCAGCAAAGAUUGCUGCUCGGCAAUCAUUUCGUCACCUUCGACGGGGACUUUCCGUGUGCAAUCGAGGCGGAAAAGCUCCGACAAACACCUUUAUCUUCAAACCUAGGCAGUCCGGUGCAGAUGCCGAUACGGUACGGAGGACGCACACGCUACUUUCUGUACGGAAUGGAUGGUAACCAGCCGCAUAUUUUCGAGGACUUGGUCUAUGGGCCGUACCUGUUUGGAACGGUUCAGAAGAAAGACCUUGACUGGAUAGUGGAGAGCAUGCGGGAAAAAGAGCGACAAACUACAUUCAUCAGCACAGGCAAGAAUGAACGGGUGCAUUUGAGCCCAGUUCAGUAUGCUUCCAAGGGGGCAUUGUUUAACUUUAACACAUGUGGGGAAUCAUCGAGCCGCUAUCCAAUGCCAUGGAUGGGGAAUGUAUUAUCCAAUGCACCGUUUUUCAACGUAAGCAGAUGCUCGGUGACACUCAUUAGCAACCAAUACGUUGUUGGUCCAGGAUAUUGUUUCAGCGAUGCAAGCACAGAAAACAUUAUAGAAUUCGGGAUUGGAAGUGAUACGGCCCAGAGAGAAUGCACAAAGACAAAUAACUCUGCAUCAUGUCCUCUUCCUAAGCAACGCGUUGCAACCCACAAGAUCUUUCUUCAUCCGCAUUACAACCGAACCAACCAUGGCAACGAUAUUGCGUUGGCUAAGCUUGCUACUCCUGUGGAUACAUCUCAACCGAAUGUGAAGCCCAUCUGCUUGCCGAUUAUCGAUGAAAUACGUAGUUAUGAUACAUCGAGCUUGGUAAUGGCCUCUUCUAGUUUAAAUUCACUUACUGACUUCAAAAUCACCACCGUUGAUGAUAAGUACAUAGAUCACAGGGAGUGUCAAAAUCGGUGGCAAGGUUUGAGGGUGAGCUUUACCAUAGAUAACAUGAAACAUUGUGUGAUUACAAAACGAACACAGGAUGAUGAGUGUGUUCAAGUAUUCACUGGGGCCUCACUUCACUCAUUGCAAAGACUAGAAUCGAAUGAAAGACACUUUCUGCGCGGAUUUGAUGUGAUCUUGCCGAGAGGUUGCAGCAUCUAUUAUCCUGCCGUUUACACAAACACAGAUGGGUAUUUGGAUUGGAUACUGGAAACUAUGGAGCAGCCAGUGGGUUUGCCGUUUGAUCUGCAAAAGGAACUUAUAUUUAGUGAUAAAUGAAAAUAAAAUCUUUACGAUUAAACGCACAAUGCGUCACGAAAAUAAAAAAA